UAAUAGCGUCACGAGCAUGGAGCCCGCGCACUCAACGGCGGAAUCUGACCGGCUCCGUUUUUUCCGCGUGAUCUCGCCGCCCCGGAGGAGACAGAACUGGUCGGACGAGUGUCCUAAUCGCCUUUCACUCGCCUGUCUCUCGCCGUUCGGCAGUUGAUCGAUUUUGCAAUUCCCGCAGUGCUAUAUCGGCCCCCUGCGAACCGCGGGCGGGUGAUUAUCGCGGACGACGUCAAGACUGUUUGUCCGGUUAUCGCGUCCGUUGUUGCGUAUACACCAGCUGUACGAGCCCCCCUCGCCGUUAUCGGGACUUGCACAAGACCCCUGCAGCGAGAAUCCCGCGUCGUGUCGCCGGAUUUUGGAAACUUGAUGGCAUGCGGUAGCACACCGACGAGUCAGAUCAGCUUACGAAUCCCAUGAAGCAACAGCUAGCAACAAUGUUCUCCUGGAGGAAUGUCGUCUCCCUCGUCUCGCAGAAGUUUGUGAGGAAGUUACAUCUGUCGAAAGUCCGGCAAGAAGCUGUGAUCAUAGAUGGGACUAAAAUAGCAGAGGAGAUUCAAGAGGAAUUAAAGGUGGUUGUAGAAACUUGUAUACAUGCAGGAAAAAAGAGGCCAAAGCUGGUGGCGAUAUUAGUGGGGAACCAUCCAUCCAGCAAAGCAUACAUUGGUAGGAAAAUGAAAGCAGCAAAGUCAAUAGGAAUCGAGAGUUACACUAUUCAUUUGGGAGAAAAUAUAACGCAAGCAGACCUGCUUAAGGAAAUUGAUAGUCUCAACAGAGAUCCGUCAGUUGAUGGUGUUCUGGUUCAGUUACCGCUGCCAAAGGGCAUGAAUGAGAGAGAAGUAUGUCAAGCGAUAGUUCCUAAGAAGGACGUGGAUGGCUUCCACUUGGAAAACCUUGGUAAUCUGACAUUGGACAAUAGCAGUAUUGUACCCGCCACUGCUCUAGCUGUUAAGGAACUGGUCCUCAGAAGCAAAAUCGAGACUUUUGGAAAGAACGCCGUAGUUGUGGGUAGAUCGAAACACGUCGGACUGCCUAUCGCACUUUUACUUCACGCCGAUGGCAAAGGUGAAACGGGCGCACUGGAUAUGACAACGACAAUCUGCCAUCGUCACACACCUCACACAGAGCUAGAGAAAUACACGAAACUAGCGGAUUUGGUGGUGGUGGCAGCCGGGGUUCCUGGCUUGAUUACCAAGGAAAUGAUAAAACCAGGUGCCUGCGUUAUCGAUGUGGGUAUCACCAGGGUGAAGACAGCAGAAGGCAAGCAUCGUCUGGUGGGGGACGUGGAUUACGACAACGUGAAAGAGAUUGCUGGGCAUAUCACGCCGGUUCCUGGCGGUGUUGGCCCCAUGACGGUCGCGAUGCUGAUGAAGAAUACGGUUACGGCCGCUAUGAGGAAUCAAGAAGACACAAAGCAAUCUGACCAAUUAGAAGACAGCAAGGCAUUUAUAUGUUGACAUACGACGAAUAGCUUGUUUUAGGACCUCCGUUUGAUGAUUGUUGUAUUUUGUAAUACACAAAUGAAGUAUUAUUCUUGCAAAGAUAAUUAUAAAUAAAAUUGUUUAUCCAUUUAAUUUAAGCAAUGUUAUCUCAGACCAUUAUAUAUAUUUAUUAAAAAGAAGAAAAUUGUAUCAAAAAUAAAAUCUGUUUCUUUUAUA